UUUCAGUUUAUUCUUAGUCAUCGGAUCCGAGCCAAACACCUUCCAAUUCACUAGAAUGCAUUCUAAGGGUGCACACCUGACCUGGCACCCCGUACCGUGCCCUUGACCUAUUAUAUGAUGCUCUAUCGUCUAAUGGGAAUUACAACAACUGGGCGUCCCCAGCCUCGGGCCUAAGUCCACACUACUGGACUGUUCCUACCUUAUCCAAGGGACCGGUUCCUUACUGUUGCCCACAACUGCUUCUCCACUACUCGAGCGCGUUGUGCCCUCUGGGGUCGCUCACACCGCGUCUCCGCCGAGGCCCCUGGUGAAGUCACCGGUGUGCGCUGGGCGUCAGGCGUCGCUGCAAUCCAUUGACCACCAGAAGGGAUCCAGGCAAGGCUAAUUUUAGCCUCAAUGCCCACCGUUGGGCACCAAGAGGGAUGUGAAUUUUUCACACCCCUGAGCAACAUACUUUAUACCGAGAUAGGCCUGUAGUGUAGUUCUGGCCUUAUUCCAGAAUAUGUAUCAAAACAGGGAGUUAUAUAACUGUAUCAGUUUAACUAUACCUGUAUGACUGAUAAAACUUUCCAGUGUCGACAAGCCCUUAGUUAAACCAAUGCAGACCUCUGUAAAAACAGUCUUAUUUCUGUUUAAGAACAGCUUAUUGUUAAUCAAUUUAAUGCAAACCAAAAUCCGAGUGGCCACACAGGGCUCUGCCCUGGUUUAACAUCACAGUGCAGCUUCCUCCUAUGGACCAGCCCUGAAGAGAGGAGCUGCCUUUCGCGCCACAGCCUCGCCGAAGGGGUGUGGGGAAGAGUCACCGUCCAUCUGCCCUUCACCCCCAUUCUGGCCACCCCCGCUGGCUGCUCCUAUAGAAGUUCGCUUCCGCCACCACUAGCCGUAUGAAGCUCUGUCCCCUGCCCUUCCCCCUCCCCUGCCCAGGACGCAGGAAAUGGGAUCGGAUCUGAGGGCAAGUAAGGGCAGCAGCUUCAGCAGGUGUGACUGAGCAUGCGCAGAUCGCUGGCACAUGCUCAGUGGCAGCCAGGUGCGCGCACUGUCGGGAGGCGGAUUCGGACUCUACAGCUUGGCCCGUCUGCUCCGGCAACCAGUUUCCGGUCGGCUCGGUGGCAAAGGGGCGGGGCGCGGCUUGCCUUGGCGGCGGUGUCAGUGGCCCUCAAAAUGGCGGAUGGAGGCAGCGGAGGAGCGGGAUCGGGAGCGAGCGGCGGGGUCCUUGUGCAGCCCCGGGAGCGGGCCAUGUGCUGGGAUGAGAGAGUUGACUUUCAGGCUGCCUUUUUACGAAAACUGGCUAAGUAUGUGCCAAACAUCUACUCUGCUGAAAUGGACCCCUUGCUGGAGAAGCAGGAAGAAAUGGCCCAGAUAAAAAUAUUUGACCCUCUGGAGUGGUACUUGUUUAGGGAAGACCCAGAUGUCUGCCUGGAGAAACUGCGGCAGUGCGGAGCUUCUCAACUCUGCGGGAAGGUAUUCAAAGGUGGGGAGACUACAUAUUCUUGCAGAGACUGUGCAAUUGAUCCAACUUGUGUACUCUGCAUGGACUGCUUCCAGAAUAGCAUUCACAAGAACCAUCGUUACAAGAUGCAUACUUCCACUGGAGGAGGGUUUUGUGACUGUGGGGAUACAGAGGCAUGGAAGACUGGACCACUUUGUACUAACCAUGAGCCUGGAGCAGCAAGCACUACAAAAGCGAAUUCUGAAUGUCAGUUAAAUGAAGAGUUAAUGGCACAAGCAAAGAAGAUGUUCCCGUCGAUAUUAAAAUACAUUGUAGAUAUGACUAUUUGGGAAGAAGAGAAGGAGUUGCCUCCUGUGCUCAUGACCAGAGAGAAGACAGACCACUACUACUGUGUUCUUUUCAAUGAUGAGCAUCAUUCUUAUGACCAUGUCAUCUACAGUCUACAGAGAGCGCUUGGUUGUGAGGUCGGGGAAGCCCAGUUGCACACUACUGCCAUAGAUAAAGAGGGUCGUAGGGCUGUAAAAGAGGGACCUUAUGUAUCCUGUCAGGAAACAAAGGAAGAAAUCAAGAGGCACUCUGAGAAUGUCUCUCAACAACCGCUUCAUGUGGAGGUUCUGCAUGCUGAUGUUAUGGCUCAUCAGAAAUUUGCCUUGCGCCUUGGUUCCUGGUUGAACAAACUUAUGAGCUAUUCAAGUGACUUCCGCCAGAUCUUCUGUCAAAUAUGCCUCAAAGAGGAAGCUGACUCCGAAAAGCCCUGCCUCAUAAGCAUGUUGAUGCUUUGGGAUGCAAAACUUCAUAAAGGGGCAAGGAAGAUCCUUCAUGAACUUAUCUUCAGCAGUUUUUUCAUGGAAAUGGAGUACAAAAAACUUUUUGCUAUUGAAUUUGUGAAGUAUUACAAGCCAUUGCAAAAAGAAUACAUCAGUGAUGACCAUGAUAGAAGUAUCUCAGUGACUGCUCUCUCAGUUCAGAUGUUCACUGUACCCACUUUGGCACGCCAUCUUAUUGAAGAGCAAAAUGUAAUUACCGUCAUCACAGAGACACUACUAGAAGUGCUGCCAGAGUACCUGGACAAGAAUGACAAGUUCAACUUCCAGGGUUACAGCCAGGACAAACUGGGUCGGGUGUAUGCAGUCAUAUGUGACCUCAAGUAUAUCUUAAUCACUAAGCCUACAGUGUGGACAGACAGAUUGAGGGUACGAUUUUUGGAAGGAUUCCGGUCUUUUCUGAGGAUUCUGACUUGCAUGCAGGGGAUGGAGGAGAUACAGAGACAGAUUGGUCAACAUAUUGAGGUGGACCCGGAUUGGGAAGCAGCCAUUGCUAUCCAGAUGCAGCUGAAGAACAUUCUUUUGAUGUUCCAAGAGUGGUGUGCCUGUGAUGAAGACCUGUUGCUGGAGGCUUACAAAGAGUGCCAUACAGCUGUGAUGAGGUGCAGCACAAGUAGCCGUUCACGGGAGAAGACAGUGCUUCAGCUAUGUGGCCACACUCUGGAAAGCAAACGUUACAGAGUGUCAGUAGACCCUGUCAGCAUACACCUGCCACUGUCCAGGACGCUUGCAGGCUUACAUGUACGAUUAAGCAAGACUGGAGUAAUCUCAAGACUGCAGGAGUUUGUGCCUUCUGAACAAUUCCAAGUGGAGCUGCUAAUGGAAUACCCUUUGCGCUGUCUAGUGUUGGUUGCUCAGGUUGCUGCAGAGAUGUGGAGAAGGAAUGGGCUCUCCCUAAUAAGCCAGGUGUUCUAUUACCAGGAUGUUAAAUGUAGAGAAGAGAUGUAUGAUAAAGACAUCAUCAUGCUGCAGAUUGGUGCAUCGUUUAUGGAUCCAAACCUUUUCCUGUUGCUGAUACUACAGAGGUAUGAGCUUGUCAGUGCCUUCAAGAAGAUCAUGCCCACCAAAGACCAGGAUUUGACCAAGCAAUAUAAUAUAUUAAUAGAAGAAAUGCUGCAGGUUCUCAUCUAUGUUGUGGGGGAAAGAUAUGUGCCUGGAGUGAGUAGUGUGACAAAAGAAGAAAUUACAAUGAGAGAAAUUAUUCAUCUGCUCUGCAUUGAACCGAUGGCUCACAGUGCUAUUGCCAAAUCUUUGCCUGAGAAUGAAAACAAUGAAACUGGCUUGGAGAAAGUAAUAAACAAAGUGGCCGUAUUCAAGAAACCGGGUGUGUCAGGCCAUGGAGUUUAUGAAUUGAAGGAUGAAUGCAUGAAAGAGUUCAAUAUGUUCUUUUAUCACUAUACCAAGACCCAGCACAGCAAGGCUGAACAUACGCAGAAGAAGAGAAGAAAACAAGAAAACAGAGAUGAAGCACUGCCACCUCCUCCCCCUCCUGAAUUCAGCCCAGCGUUCAGCAAUGUGGUGAAAGUUCUGAACUGUGAUAUCAUGAUGUAUAUCCUCAGGACUAUCCUUCAAAGGGCAGUACAACUGGAGACCCACUUAUGGACUGAAGCUAUGAUCCAGAUGGUACUUCACCUCCUUUCUCUGGGCUUACUGGAAGAGAAGCAGCAGCUAGAAAAGGCUCCAGAGGAAGAGGUGACCUUUGACUUCUAUCACAAAGCAUCAAGAAUGGGAAGCUCAGCCUUGAAUGCUCUGAACAUACUAAUGCUUCUGGAAAAACUAAAAUCAGUUCCUCAGUUAGAAGCACAGAAGGAUAUGAUCAACUGGAUACUGCAGAUGUUUGACACAGUGAAACGAUUGAGAGAAAAAUCAAGUUUGGUGGCAACAGCAGCAACUACAUCAGGAUCAGAAACUACAAAAGGCGAUGAGACUCAAAGCACUCAAGAGAAAGAGAAGGCUGAACGGAAGAGGAAGGCAGAAGCUGCCAGGCUGCAUCGCCAGAAGAUAAUGGCCCAGAUGUCUGCUUUACAGAGGAAUUUCAUUGAAACUCAUAAACUCCUGUAUGAAAACACACAAGAGACACAGGGAAGAGAGGACUCUGUUAUGGAGGAGGAGAGCAUACCUUUGGCCAUUGAUUCUUCUAAAAUUGUCUUGGGAUCCAAGCGAGGUCCAUCUAUUACUGAAAAGGAAGUGUUGACUUGUAUUCUAUGUCAGGAGGAGCAGGAAGUGAGGCUGGAGAGUGCUGCGAUGGUAUUAUCAGCUUGUGUCCAGAAAUCCACUGCCUUAACUCAGCACAGGGGGAAAACUCUUGAACUCUCAGGUGAUACAUUAGAGCCUCUUUUCAUGGAUCCAGAUUUGUCAUGUGGAACCCAUACAGGAAGCUGUGGUCAUGUAAUGCAUGCAGCCUGCUGGCAGAAGUACUUUGAAGCCAUGCAGCUGAAUUCUCAACAGCGUCUUCAUGUUGAACAGAUUUUUGACUUAGAGAAUGGAGAGUACCUCUGCCCACUCUGCAAGUCUCUGUGCAACACUGUGAUUCCCAUUAUUCCUUUGCAGACUCAGAAAAUAAACAGUGAGGAUGCAGAGGCAGUAGCUCAAAUUCUGUCCCUGGCUAGGUGGUUGGAGAUUGUCAAGGCCAGGAUAUUGGGGUACAGUGCAAAAAACGCUAAAGGAGAGAAGCAAAAUGCUCCAUGUUUAAUCAACAAAGGAAUGGGAGACUUUACUUCAGAAUUCCAUUCCAUCCUUAGUUUUGGAGUUCAGCCUUCAGCCAAAUACUCAAACAGUAUUAAGGAGAUGCUGGUUCUCUUUGCCACCACUGUUUACAGAGUUGGAUUAAAAGUUGCUCCCAAUGAGGCUGAUCCUCGCAUUCCUAUGAUGACUUGGAGCACGUGUGCUUUUACUAUCCAAUGUAUAGAAAACCUUCUAGAAGAUGAGGGCAAACCUUUAUUUGGAUCUCUGCAAAAUAGACAGCACAGUGGCCUUAAAGCAUUAGUGCAGUUUGCAGCUGCUCAGAGGACUACAUCACCACAAAGCCUGAUUCAGAAACAUCUGGUUCGUCUCCUAGCAGUUCUUCUACCAAACUUAAAAAUGGAAGACACGCCAUCCAUUCUAGAUGUAGAUAUGUUUCACAUUUUGGUAGGUGCUGUGUUAGCAUUCCCAUCUUUAUAUUGGGAGGAUACUGUAGACUUGCAACCUUCAUUUAUUAGCUCUGCCUAUAAUCACCUCUACCUCUUCCAUUUGGUCACUAUGGCACACAUAACACAGAUCCUUCUGACCUCUGCAACAGAAUCCCCCACUGCUCAAUCACAAGAUAACAGUGAGGAGGCUCAUACUGCUGAGUCUUUCUGUAGGGAAGUUUGCCAGUACACGAGUGGCUGCUUUAGUCGUGAUGUUCCAGGCUGGCAUUUGUGGGAUUGUGUUAAGAAAGGGAUCACACCUUACCUUCGUUGUGCUGCUUUGUUUUUCCAUUACAUGCUGAGGGUGUCUCCACCUGAGGACCUGCUGUUAGUUUCCGAGGAAGGAGAGUUCAAGGCACUCUGUAGUUAUCUAUCUCUACCCACCAAUCUGUUCCUGCUUUUCGAGGAAUAUUGGGGCACUGUAAGCCCCUUGCUCCAAAGGUGGUGUGCUGACCCUGCCGUAUUAAGUUUUCUAAAAGGGAAAAACAUUUCAGUAAGAUAUCCAAGGAAAAGAAAUAAUUUGGUAGAGCUUCCAGAAGACUACAGCUGCCUCCUGAAUCAAGCCUCUCAGUUUAGGUGCCCACGGUCUUCUGACGAUGAACGAAAGCACCCAAUGUUGUGUUUGUUCUGUGGCACCAUGCUAUGCUCCCAGAAUACCUGCUGCCAGGAGUUGGUGAAUGGGGAGGAGCUGGGAGCCUGUACCUCUCAUGCUCUCCAGUGUGGAGCUGGAGUGUGUAUGUUCCUCAAAAUCAGGGAGUGCAAAGUAGUCCUGAUAGAAGGUAAAACCAGAGGCUGUUUAUAUCCUGCUCCCUAUCUCGAUGAAUAUGGAGAAACAGACCCAGGCUUGAAAAGAGGGAACCCCCUGCAUUUAUGUCAUGAACGUUACCGGAAACUCCAUCUUCUAUGGCAGCAACACUGCAUCAUAGAGGAGAUUGCCAGGAGCCAGGAAACCAAUCAAAUCGUCUUUGGAUUCAACUGGCAGCUUCUCUGAGUACUAGCUUUUAAUUAAAUCCCAAUGACUAUGGAUGAUGUUUUGACAAAGGAAAAGGGGGAAUAUUACAGAGCCUUCUCUAAGGGUUCAGACACAUGACUGAUGCACUGAAACAAAAUAAUUCUCAUUUCAUAGGUUUUACCUUUUAAAAAAAAACCACACCCUAUGUGGUGACUUUGUAGAAUAUUCAGGAACAGAAAUAUCUUUUUCCAAAGGUUGUAGGCUCUACUGAUUAGAUGAGUGUAGCUUCCCGCAUUCACCUGCCUUCCAUAUGCACACAUCAGAAGUCCCAAACUGCCAUUUACUGGCACUGGGAAUACACCUGGAGGUGUGUUGCUAGGAAAGAACCAAGUAAGAGAAGCUGUUAAUAUUUCCAGUCAUGUGGUACAAUAGGUAUAUGAGGGUUGAUGUAAUUUCAGGACACAAACCAUUUCAGACAUCACAACAGUCUAGCUGGAAUUAUGUACAAUCUCUCCUCCUCCUUACUGUGUGUCUGAGUUCCUAGCCCUGGCUUACAACUUAAAAUGGCCAAGGUCUGUAGCAUAUUUUUCAGAGGGAGAAGUGGUGCCAGGCCUCUGCUAAUCCAUGGCAACAGGCUCAGCAAGCAUUAAGUGGUGCAGCAGAAACCUGCACUGUGCCAGACCCUGGGAUUUAUUGGAGAGUACUUUCAGAGGAAUGAUGUUUCCACUAAUCCAAUCUUUAAAAGAGGGGCAGAAGGAGUGAAUUGUGUGGGGGCAUUUCCAUCUUGCUUGGUGCAUGUAAAAUUAAACUGUGUGCGCUUGUUGCAUUGCCAGUACUGCACCUUAUAUAAUAUAGUUUUAGUCUACUAAUUCUGGAGACUACCCCAAGGAGUCCAGCACCACACUUCUGUGGUGUGGCUGAGAUCAGCUUUACUAUGUUUGUAACAGUACUUGGCAGUCUGUGCAGAGACAAACUCUAGACUGCUGAUCCAGUGGUUUAGCCAUAAACUGCAGUAAAAUAAAAGUCAUUUAAAGUUGAAUUAAAAAGCAAGAUCCUGUAGAAGAUAGCAUGGCAAUAUUAUCUAUUUAGAAUCACUAAACACAGGCAUAAAUCAAUACUUUGUAUCUCCAUGUUGGAGGGGCUUCCCACUCUUCAUUCUUGUGUUAUCUGUUUGGCGCUGUCCAUAAACUGUCUGUUUCUGGAGUCAAGCCAACCAGAUGCUUAUUGUAACUUAAAGGAAAAAAAUAGUUGUCUGUCUCUUUUUCAGUAACUAAUGGCAUAUUGUGAUUAAACCAUUUUUCAUUAGCUCAUUGUUCUGUUUCCCAGAUUUUAGCCAUAAUAAUUUUCAUGAAGGGAUCUUGUGAUGUGACAGGUAAAAGUUCUAAAUACAUAAAUUCCUUAUAACUAUUACUUUUCCAGGCAAUGCCAUCUCUGUCUGAAAAGCUGAACUAUCCAGAGAAGGCAUUUUUAGAUCUGUGUAUUCUACUUUCCCCUCUUGGGGUGUGUGGGGGAGGGGGGGUUGUGUUUUUUAAUGCUCUGUUAAGGCUUAGAAAGGGAGGACUAUAAAGAAUUUUGUGACCUGCUGUUUGAGAGCACGUGUACACACACGUGUGUGUGUGUGUGUGUGUGUGUAUACACAAGAAAUAUGUGUGUACACACGUGUAUGUGUACACACACACACACUGCUAAAACGUGGGGUUUUGGAUCCAUGCACGGUCCCGUGUUAACGCAGGGACCGCAUUACCAUGGAUUCCAAUGAUGGUAAUUAAAUUUGGGAUCCAUCCGCUGUCCCGCGCUAUAACCAAAUUUGCGCUAUAUGGACGCACAUUCUAGCAAGGGUCAGCUGUGUGUGGGGGGGUGUAUUAUAUAUUUUCUCCCUCCCACCUGGCAUGUCCCCUCACUGCACCGUUAAAAGAAUGCAAACGUGUGUGUGUGUGUGUGUGUGUGCAUUCUUUUCUUAACGGUGCAGUGAGGGGACAUGCCAGGUGGGAGGGAGAAUCACAAAUCAUGAUUUCAUGCUUAAGUAUAAUAAUCCUCCUCCUAGUUUCUUGAAGUCCUUAGUGAACAGCAGUCACUACUCAUUUAAAAGUGAAAUUCAAAUGGGUUGGAAUAUCAAAUCAUUAUUUUCUAGCAUUCAAAUAGUCCUUGACAUUUUUGCUCAUUUUUCAGCUUAUUUUCCCCAAACAGUGUAAAUAGUUAUCUUCAGUAUCUUUUCCUAUUUUCCUCUUAUUGCAAUGAAGAAUUCUCUCUUCAUUUUGUUAUUUUCUGUUUUUUAAACUGAAGGUAAAUCCCUCUGCAAAGAAACAGUUUUGUUAGUCUUGUCUAAUCUGUGAUUAAAACCUUGGGUUAGGAAAACCAGCUCCAUGGAGACCUGUGUGCAGUGGCUAGUUCAAAGGUUACCAAUAAUAAUGCUUACCAGCCAAAGCACUGUAUUGAAAUUAGCAAAUGUGCUUCACAGAUUUCAGCACUGACUUCAUAGCUGUGUUCACUUACUGUUUCCCUGUGGUUUAUCUAGUCAUGUAUCAGAUAUUUUCAGUACUCACUGCACUUUCAAUGAUGCAAGAAAUUUGGACUCAUGAAGUUCGGCUAACAGACAUGCGGCAAGAUCACUUUAUUUUGUAGUGUUGGUAAUGAGCAAUUUAAACUGCUAUACAGAGACAGGGUCUGGUUUGAGCAGGCAAACUCUUGCUUAACAUUCCCAAAUGUCUUUCAGUACUUGGGAGAGGUAGGAAAAUGAGGGCAAAGAACGAAAUGUUGCAUUGUUUUCUGUACAUUUGCACUUAUUCUAGCAAAUGGGCUCCCAGAUCAUCACUAAUGAGUGUGGUUAUUUCUCAUUUCAUAAAUUACUAUGCAGUUUGGUUCACUGUAUUAUCUAUAUUGAGUGAUUGCAAGAUACUUAUGCCACUGAUUUGAAUUCCGUCCAAGAUAAACUGAAGAAGUUAUUUGAAUAAUGCAUAUAUCGGUAUCCUUAACUGCAAAAAUGUAAAUUUGAAACUUGUAUAAUGUUAUUGUGCUUUUGAAAUAAAAUAUCUUGUAUAUGUAUAUUUAAAAGAGGAAAUAAAGUAACUUCUCAUACA